UUCCGGGUUGCGGCCGGAAGUGGAGAUUUUGAAUCUUGCAGGCCGUUGGAUGGGGAUGUUGCUGUUGUUGCAGCGCGAGAACUGAAAAGUGGCCGGGCGCUUCUGGAACUUCUGGCCGCGCCGUGUCUCUGACCUGCUGGUCAUGGCUGGUUAGCAUUUUCGCCCAUUCGGCUCGCGUGCUGAAGCUUCGACAGUAGCUGUAGCCGAUUGCGAACGCGUUGCCACCGUAAAAUGAAUGAAAAUAAACCAAGUGACUCACGGACUCUCGCUUGUGUUUUCUGUCGAAAAAAUGAUGAUUGUCCUAAUAAAUAUGGAGAAAAGAAAAUUAAUGAGAAAUGGAAUCUCACUGUACAUUACUAUUGUUUGUUGAUGUCAAGUGGAAUUUGGCAAAGAGGUAAAGAAGAAGAAGGAGUUUAUGGUUUCCUGAUAGAAGACAUAAGAAAAGAAGUGAAUAGAGCUUCUAAACUGAAAUGCUGUGUUUGCAAGAAAAGUGGUGCUUCAAUUGGAUGUGUUGCACCUCGAUGUAAACGAAGUUAUCAUUUCCCAUGUGGACUUCAGAGAGAAUGUAUUUUCCAGUUCACUGGCAAUUUUGCGUCAUUUUGUUGGAACCAUCGACCUGUUCAAAUAAUUACACCUAAUAAUUAUAGAGAAUCCUUACCAUGCACCAUUUGCUUGGAAUUUAUUGAGCCUAUUCCAACUUAUAGCAUAUUACGAAGUCCUUGUUGUAAGAAUGCUUGGUUUCAUAGAGACUGUUUACAGGUUCAAGCAAUAAAUGCAGGAGUGUUUUUCUUUAGGUGCACAGUAUGCAAUAAUAGUGACAUAUUUCAGAAAGAGAUGUUGAGAAUGGGAAUUCAUAUUCCUGAAAAAGAUGCAUCUUGGGAAUUAGAAGAAAAUGCUUAUCAAGAGCUUCUGCAGCACUAUGAGCAUUGUGAUGUACGAAGAUGUCGUUGCAAGGAAGGGCGAGACUAUAAUGUGCCUAAUAGCAAAUGGGAAAUAAAGCGUUGUCAAUCUUGUGGUUCUAGUGGAACACAUUUAGCCUGUUCCUCACUACGAUCGUGGGAACAAAAUUGGGAGUGUUUGGACUGUAGAGGUAUUACCUACAACUCAGGGGGUUUCCAAAAAGCCAAAAAACAUACAUUACCCAACACUAACAAUGUUGGAAUAAAUGAUUGCUUGUUGGAAGAAUCGUCACCUAAAUUACCCAGACAGUCACCUGGAGCCCAACAAAAAGAUCUGCUGAGGCAAGGCAACAAAUUUAGGAGAGACAUUUCAACAAUAAUUAUAGAGCUAGGAUUUCAAAUUACUAAAAAAACAAAAAGAUUAUAUAUCAACAAAGCCGAUAUCUGGAAUAGUGCCUUAAAUGGAUUCAGAAAUCAAAAGUUUAAUCCUUCAUACACAAUUGAAGUUGCAUAUGUUAAUGAAAAUGAUAAUUUUGGAACAGAGCAUCCUGGAUCAAAGCAAGAAUUCCUAAGUCUUUUAAUGCAACAUCUUGAGAACUCACCAUUGUUUGAAGGGUCCUUGUCAAAGAACUUGUCCCUAAACUCUCAAGCUCUGAAAGAGAAUCAUUACUAUGAAGCUGGCAAAAUGCUUGCCAUUUCUUUGGCUCAUGGUGGUCCUUCACCUGGUUUUUUUUCUAAAACUUUGUUUAACUGCCUUGUUUUUGGACCAGAAAAUACCUUUCCAACUUUAGAUGAUGUUUCAGACUUUGAUGUGGCACAGAUUUUAAUCAGGAUAAAUAGUGCAACAAAUGUAGCUGACUUAAACUCAAUUAUGAAUGAAUGCUAUAACUACCUAGAGCUUAUUGGAUGUCUAAGAAUUAUAACAUCAUUAAGUGACAAAUAUUUAUUGGCAAAAGACAUACUUGCUUACCAUGUAAUUAAAAGAGUCCAAGCACCUUUUGAAAGUUUUAAGCAGGGUCUGAAAACUCUUGGAGUUUUGGAGAAAAUUCAGACUUAUCCAGAAGCAUUUUAUAGCAUCUUCUGUCAUAAACCUGAGAAUCUUUCUGCAAAAAUGCUUAGAGAUCUUUUUACAGUACACACAUGUGACGCACAGUCUUUGGGGUUUUGGAACAGUUACUUACAGGCUGUUGAGGAUGGUAAAUCUGCAACAACAUUGGAAGACAUUCUUAUUUUUGCAACUGGUUGCAAUUCCAUUCCACCUGCUGGAUUUAAACCCACUCCUUCAGUUGAGUGCCUUCAUAUGGAUUUUCCUGUUGGAAACAAGUGUAAUAACUGUUUAGCUCUUCCAAUCACCAAUACAUAUAAAGAAUUUCAAGAAAAAAUGGACUUUUCCAUAAGAAACACUUUAAGACUAGAAAAAGAAGAAAGCUCUCACUACAUUGGACAUUAAGAUGUUUUGAACAAAGAGAUGCUUCUUUAAAGCUGCUAUUGAUAUUUUUGUUUCAGAAAUCUGUCCAUUAUCACUUUUGAACAAACUUGUCAGCUUCUUGGUCCAAUAAAAUUUAUGAUGUGAAUAUUAAGGAAUGUUUUGGCCAUUUAAACUAAAAAAAAUUUUGUUAAGGUAUACCAUUUAAAGUUGAUGAUGUUUUUCUAUUUUGUUAGUAUACAUGCUUUAUAAUGUUCAAUAUAAAUUUUUUUAGAAUGGCUGUUAGACUUUCUUCAAGCAUAGUAGCAUGGUAUAUAUAAGAGAAAAACUUGUACUCA